CCGUAGUUAAACCAUCAUCUGGUACAGCCACUGGUCAAUAUUUAUCUUAAAUCCAACAACGUCUGAGCAGUUUCAGGCUCCGGGUACACUAGCCUACAUAGCCCAGGUCCUGCUAGUAUAGAACCACUGCCCUGGAUUAUUGGAUGUGAUUUGGAGUGGUGAUAUAUACCAAAAUGUCUUUGAGCAAGGUGUGUGAAGAGUUGGAUGAGCUUGCUGUAAGCUACUUUCAGAUCUUAGAAGAACUCCAAGAGCAAAGAAGAAGAUUUGAAAAGUUUAUUAAAGAGGGCUUCCUGAAUUUAUCCAAGGCUCGAUUUUCCAUGGGAAACAGGGCUGUAAGUUCUCUUCAAUAUGAUUCCACAUCAAUGUGUGCUCUUGCACAUGUUGUUACCAGAGACGAGGGUGACUGUCAUUCAUUUGAGGUUUGUAGAACCAAAGCAAUGAAGAGGUCGGAGAGGAAGUCACUGGAAGGAAAUGACUCAGGAGUAAACCAGUCUAAUGAGGAUAAUACAGCUAUCAGAAGAAGAAGACCCUUAUCAUCUAGUCCCUCAGAUGGGGUGGAAACCCUUACAGCUGGAAUGGAUCAAUUGUCAACGUCGGUUGAAGAGCCACCUACUGGGCCCACCACCACCAUGCAGAGAACACCUACCGAUCCCCUUCUCUGGUUUGGUGUCCUAGUUCCUCAACCCCUUAGACAUGGGCAGCAGAACUUUGUAGAGGCCGUGGAAGCCUGUGCUGUCAUGGCCUCACUCCAGACCAAACUAGACAUUGCCUACACCCAGUACCGAAAUCAGCUCAAACUGAAAUACGACAUCGUCAAGAAGAUGAAGAGCGAUGGCAGCAGCUUCAGCAAUGGUGCAUUAUCAGCAGAGUUACAAGAGAAUGGUCAUUGAUGUAGGCUAAGGAACAGGGCCCUGUUUCAUGAAAAAUGUUAUCAUUGUAAAAAAGUGAUAGAAGCUCAUGAUGUAUCUGCUCUCAGCCAAUUAUACUGCAUGAUUUUAGGAGCUUAUAACAGUCACUACUGACUUGCCAGCGAUAACUUAUUUGGUGAAACAGAGCCCAGAAGAUAUUUAGAUUUAUUUUUGUACGGACAUAAUGUAUGGCUAUAUUUGUAUUAUCCUGUUUGUUGAAAUAGACUUCAGAAUUUUUGUGGACAAUUUUUAGAGAACCCAUCUUCUUAAUGGCAUGUAUGUAAAAGUGCAUUUGUAAUUUCAGUGAUAUCUUUGUAACAUUUACAGAUAAGGGUGAAUUCAUCAACAAUGACUCAUAGUGGCGGCACCAAGAUUUUUUAAAAUAGGGGUGGAAGGGGGAUGUCACAAAUUUUGUCCUAUCCAUUCUCGCAAGCAGUUUGUGAAUUCCAUAUUUAUGACAGGGUUGAGCAGUCAUUAUUUUUGUCUUUGCACAACUUAAUAUUGCCAGUAUCAUGGCAGCUAUAGUUUUUGCCUUCUUCUUUGUUAUCAACUGUGAAUAUCUUCCAUACAGGCCUACAUGGUUUCUUUUGUUCCUUUUGACCAGAUCACCUUUUUGCUGUUUAAGGCCACCUAUGGCCGACUUUUCUGCCUUUGCUUCCACACUGCGUUUCUAAUCUUAAAAUUUAUGUUGCAAAUGUCCUAAUCCUCCUUUAAAAUUGUAUUUUAAGUUCCAUUCCAGACACUCUUUCUACAUCAUCAAUUGUAUUACACAGUUUGUCUAAGUUUGCAGACAAAGCCUGAAAAAAUAUUCUUUAUUUGUUCUCACUUGGCUUUUGUAUCAAGCUACCGGGAACGGGGUUUGCAGCCAUUUUAACUUUGUCUUAAUCUACGAGACCUUGACAGUCCAAUAUAUGAAGCCUGAUUGUUAGCAGUUUGCAUGUUUUGAUAUCCAUCAUUUCAGCAUAUGCUCGGAGUUCAUCAGUUUUAGCCUUGAAACUUGAAAAUUUGAGAAACUCCAUCAAAUACAGAGGAGUUAGCAGAUGUGUAAUAAAUGUGAACUAUUAUCUCAUGAAUAUAAAGAAUGUAACAUGUAUUUAUUUCCUUUGUUAGAAUAAUGACUUCUGUCUUCCUCUGAUGAUGUGAAAAGAGAUAGUGUACUCCAUGUAUAUGUACAUAAUUUUCUUAAAUGUCUAUCAAAAUAACACACUUGGCAUUUGUUUUAAACCAAUGAAUCCAUGCCUUCUGAUUGAAUGAUUAUAUAGAAAUAGAAUUUGUGCACUUCAUAAUAAAUGCACCAACAUCGCUCUUUGUCAUGAGGAGUAUUGGGGUCACCAAACUUUUCCCUUGGACAUACAGGAAAGCAUGGGCUGGGAGUAAGAGUUGAAAAAUUAAAGAACUGAUCAAUUGGAAGAUGAAGUAAAAGCACAGGGAAGAAUAAGGAUUAAUCAGUAGAACUGUCUGUGUGAUCCUAAGACAACUGUAGCGUUUGAUAAUCACUUUGAAAGAGAAACUGUGAUAAGCAUAAUGUGUUGAUCACUCUCGUCUUCAAAUCUCUCUCUAAAGUGACGUCAAAAGUGCAACUCGCACACAUGUAUUUAUCAUGAAACACACAAAUUUCACAAUGUUUUAGAAACCGGGUUCUGAAUAUAGUGUCCAUAUCUGGGUUUAUAAAGGGGUGCAGCAAUGCAGUACAGAUGCAAUGGGCACUUCAGCACCUCAAUUUUGACAAAGUAAAUAAGGGAUGCUA